UGGCUAAAAACAGUGGAGGGGUGGGCCAGAGGGAAGCAAGUGGUCCCGGUGGGCAGGGGUCAGAGUUGCAAGGGCUGUGAAGUCCGUGAAUGGGCUGUGGGGCUCACGGUGACCCAUAGGAUGGGGUUCCCCCAUAGGAAGUUCUUGAGCUUCACGCCGAGUCCUGGGACAAAAGUAGUGACGAGUUUGUGUGCUGAGCUCGUGUUGGGCCAGGUGUGGUAUCAGGUCGACCCUGACAGCUGCAUUUUCCAGGGGAGAUAAUGAGCCAGAGAGGCAGUGAGUGGCCCUGGGUCCCCUCUCAGCCCCCUGCACUGCGGACAGACACAGGCGGGGGGCCGCCCGACUGGUCGGUACACACAAUGCCAGAGGCCCACGAAAAUACGUUAAUGCCAAAGGCAGAAGGAAAAAGUGACUAUAAUAAAGAAUCCGGUCUGGAUCGUGUUUUCCUUAUAACAAUAAUCAUAAAAUACUGAUUUUCUUCUAUGGAGGAAGGGCCCACAAAGAGGUGCCUGGGUCACAGAGUUCCUAAAAUAACCCUGAGCGGGGUCUGCGUGCAGCCGGAACCCCUGCGGGGAAACCAGGCUGCAAGCACUCCUGAGGUCCUGGCCGGAGCAAGGGCCCAGCCAGCACGGAACAACAUGAGACAGGGCCGGGGGCGGGCCUGUGCCUGGGCGCUCCGCUGGCCUGCCCCAGCUGGGGGGCAGUCUGGGUCCAGGCGUGUCUGGAAGGCCUGCAGUAACGUGUCUCCCCGCCCCUCCCAGGCCGCUGGCCCCGACAUGGCCCGUCGCUCCCAGAGCUCCUCGCAGGGGGACAACCCGCUGGCACCUGGGUACCUGCCGCCUCACUACAAAGAGUACUACCGCCUGGCGGUGGACGCCCUGGCUGAGGGCGGGCCAGAGGCCUACAGCCGCUUCUUGGCGUCCGAGGGGGCACCUGCCUUCCUGUGCCCUGAGGAGCUGGAGCAUGUGAGCCGUCACCUGCGGCCCCCACAGCAUGUUGCUCGAGAGCCCCCUGAAGGCAGUCCUCCCAAUGUGGACAUGGAUGGCUCCUCAGGCACCUACUGGCCCAUGAACUCAGACCAGGCAGUGCCCGAACUCGACCUAGGCUGGCCCCUGACCUUCGGCUUCCAGGGCACUGAGGUUACCACCCUGGUGCAGCCACCACCGCCUGACAGCCCCAGCAUCAAGGAUGAGGCUCGAAGGAUGAUCCGUUCAGCCCAGCAGGUGGUGGCCGUGGUGAUGGACAUGUUCACCGACGUGGACCUGCUUGGGGAAGUGCUGGAGGCAGCGGCACGCCGCGUCCCGGUCUACAUCCUCCUGGAUGAGAUGAACGCGCAGCACUUCCUAGACAUGGCCGACAAGUGCCGUGUCAACCUGCACCACGUGGAUUUCUUGCGUGUGCGCACUGUGGCGGGCCCCACCUACUACUGCCGCACUGGGAAGUCCUUCAAGGGCCACGUGAAGGAGAAGUUCCUGCUGGUGGACUGCGCCGUGGUCAUGAGUGGGAGCUACAGCUUUAUGUGGUCCUUCGAGAAGAUCCACCGAAGCCUGGCGCACGUGUUCCAAGGCGAGCUGGUCUCCAGCUUCGAUGAGGAGUUCCGCAUCCUUUUCGCGCAGUCCGAGCCGCUGGUGCCCUCGGCCGGGGCGCUGGCCCGCAUGGACGCUUACGCCCUGGCUCCGUACGCGGGGGCUGGGCCCCUUAUGGGCGGCCAGGUGACCGGGGCGCCGACCCCUUUCUCCUUCUCUAAGCGAGCGCACCUCCUGUUCCCGCCGCCCCGGGAAGAGGGCCUGGGCUUCCCCUCCUUCCUCGACCCCGACCGCCACUUCUUGUCGGCCUUCCGCCGGGAGGAGCCCACGCGGAUGCCCGCGGGAGCCCUGGAGCCGCACGCGGGGCUGCGGCCGCUGUCGCGGCGGCUGGACGCCGAGGCGGGACCGGGCGGGGAGCUCGCGGGCCCGCGCGGCUUCUUCCAGGCCCGGCAUCUGGAGAUGGACGCCUUCAAGCGGCACAGCUACGCGGCCGCCGACGGCGCGGGCGCGGUGGAGAACUUCGCGGCCGCGCGGCAGGUGUCGCGGCAGACGUUCCUCAGCCACGGUGACGACUUCCGCUUCCAGACCAGUCACUUCCACCGCGACCAGCUCUACCAGCAGCAUUACCAGUGGGACCCGCAGCUGGCGCCGGCGCGCCCUCAGGGCCUGUUCGAGAAGCUGCGCGCCGGCCGCCCUGGCUUCGGCGACCACGACGACCUCGCGCUGGGGGGCGGGCCACGCUUCCCCGAGCUCGGCCCGGACGGACACCAGCGGCUGGACUACGUGCCGUCCAGCGCGUCGCGCGAGGUGCGCCACGGCUCGGACCCCGCCUUGGGCCCCGGGCCCCGCGGCCUGGAACCCGGCGGGGCCCCGCGCCCCAACCUUGGCCAGCGCUUCCCGUGCCAGGCGGUGGCGAGGCUGGGCCCGGAGGCCGCGCCCGACGCGGAGCCCGAGCGCAGGGGCGGCCCUGAGGGGCGGGCCGGGCUGCGGCACUGGCGCUUGGCCUCCUACCUGAGCGGCUGCCAUGGCGAGGACGCGGCCGACGAGGGCCUGCCGGUACCCAUGGAGGCCGAGGCCUACGAAGACGAUGUUCUGGUGCCCGGGGGACGAGUGGCCCCCGGGGACCUGCUCCCCUCGGCCUCCCGCGGGCCCGCACUCUUCCCGGCCAAGGGCGGUGGCGACGGCCUGGAGCGCGAGGGCCCGGAGGAGGCGGGCCUGGCCAAGCAGGACUCCUUCCGCUCGCGCCUGAACCCGCUGGUGCAGCGCAGCUCGCGCCUGCGCUCCUCGCUGAUCUUCAGCGCUUCGCAGGCCGAGGGCGCGGGUGGGGCCACGACGGCCACCGCGGAGAAGGUGCAGCUGCUGCACAAGGAGCAGACGGUCAGCGAGACGCUGGGUCCCGGCGGCGAGGCCGUGCGCUCCGCCACCUCCGCCAAGGUGGCCGAGCUCCUGGAGAAAUACAAGGGCCCGGCGCGUGAUGCCGGAGGGGCGGGGGCUCCGGUCACAGUCGCCAGCCACAGCAAGGCUGUCGUGUCCCAGGCGUGGCGGGAGGAGGUGGUGGCGCCGGGCGGCGCAGGAAGCGAGCGCCGCAGCCUGGAGAGCUGCCUGCUGGACCUGCGCGACUCCUUCGCACAGCGGCUGCAUCAGGAGGCCGAGAGGCAGCCCGGAGCGGCCACGCUCACUGCCACCCAGCUGCUAGACACGCUGGGCCGGAGCGGCACCGACCGGCUGCCCUCUCGCUACCUUUCUGCCCAGGGCCGUUCCUCCUCCCCACAAGGGCGGGACAGCCCCCCGCUGGAGGGAGGCGCCCGCCAGGCGCCCCACGCUGAGCCAAAAGGGAGCCCCACCUCUGCCUACCCUGAGCCGAAAGGGAGCCCCACCUCGGCCUAUCCCGAGCGCAGGGGCAGCCCCGUGCCUCCUGUGCCAGAGCGCAGGGGCAGCCCCGUGCCCCCCUUGCCCGAGCGCAGGGGCAGCCCCGUGCCCCCCGUGCCCCCCGUGCCGGAGCGCAGAGGCAGCCUCACCCUUACCUUCUCCGGGGAGUCUCCCAAGACGGGGACCGCGGAGGAGCCGGCCGGCGGCCCCAUGGAAGUCCUGCGCAAGGGCUCCCUGCGCCUCCGCCAGCUGCUGAGCCCCAAGGGUGAGCGGCGCACGGAGGAUGAGGGCGGCUUCCCAGCGCCACAGGAGAACGGGCAGCCAGAGAGCCCCCGGCGGCCGUCGCUGGGCAGGGGUGAUAGCGCUGAGGCUGCCGCCGGUGACGAGCGGAGCCCGCGGGCGCGCAUGACCUCCGCCACGGCCAAUGCCUUGUACAGCAGCAACCUGCGGGAUGACACGAAAGCCAUUCUGGAGCAGAUCAGCGCCCAGGGCCAGAAGCACCGCGGGGCCCCGGCCCCGGGCCUGGCUCACAGCAGUCCCGAACUAGGCCGCUCACCAGCUGCCGGCGGUCUGGCCCCGGACAUGUCCGACAAGGACAAAUGUUCUGCCAUCUUCCGCUCGGACAGCCCGGGGACACAGGGCAGGCUGAGCCGCACGAUGCCCGCCAGCGCGGAGGAGCGCGACCGGCUGCUGCGUCGCAUGGAGAGCAUGCGCAAAGAGAAACGCGUCUACAGCCGAUUCGAGGUCUUCUGCAAAAAGGAAGAGGCUGGGGGCACGGGGGCAACAGGGGAGGCCCCUGCAGAGGAGGACACCAGGGACAGCAAGGUGGGCAAGUUCAUGCCCAAGAUCCUGGGCACCUUCAAAAGCAAGAAGUGAGUCUCCUGGCCCAGCAGCAGCCCAGGUCCAGGUGCCUGCGUCACUGCCACCCACCAGGCAGAGCACCUGCUCUCCCGGGGGGGGGGGGGGGGGGGGGGGGGCAGGGCCGCCCAAACUCACCCAGCGGCAGGCCUGCCUUUUGCCUCUGGCCUCUCCCCUCUGGGGCUCCAGCCCCUCACUGCCCUGCGCCUCCGGCUCCAUGCCCACCCCUGUGCCCUGAGCCUCCCCCUUCAGAUUCCUCUGCCUCCACCACCUGGUUGAGCUUCAGGUCCCCUGUAGACCUUCAUUCGCCUCAGGGCUUCAUCUCUUUGUGCCUUAGGCCCCCACCUUUUGGGGGGCCCGCCUCUUUCUGCCUCGGCCCCCAUCUUCCUGGGGGGCCAUCUAUGCACCUCAGCCCCCCAUUCUUUGGGGGCCUCACGUCUCAGGGCUUCCGUGUCUCAGGGUUCCCCUCUGCUCACUGCCUCCCCGCUCUGCUGCUGCUUGGCGGUCCUUCUUUCCCCCCGGCUCCCGGCAGCCCCAGCCCCUCUCCCUCGGCCUCCCCCCUCCCCAGAGCCCGGUGUGUCCCCCCCCCCCCCCCUCACCAAGACAGGUGGCUCAGGUCUCACUUCGUGCCCUGCUUGCUCUCCUCACUGCCUCCCUCUCUGCCUCCUGGUACCUUUCGUAGCCGCCCAUCCUCUCCCUGUGGGGACAGAGCUGCUUGUGGGUGACGCGUGAUGGGGGUGGAGCCAGACCCAAAGGCGGUCCCUCAGGAGGCGCUGUCCUGUCUGCUGGGCCACUGGCAGAUGGGGGCACAGAGGACCCUAGAGACUGCCCUGCCAGGAGAACUGAGGCAGGCCUGGCCACAUCCUGGCCGUGCUCCAGCCAGCACCUGGUGAGGGGUAAGAGCUCUGAGUUUUGCAGCACAAAACCCUUCGGGUGGAUGAGGCCAGCCCGAGAAGGGCUGGAUGUGGAGUGCCAGGCCAGUACUCACGGGUGAGGGUUCUGGUUCAGGUCCCAGCCGACCCCAAGUCCGCCCCGUUCUGGCUCCUUUCUUCUUUGUCACCAACCCACGAGAUCGGAGUUUCCCUGCCGACCUUUCUUGUGUCUUUUUCACCUGUGGAGAGUGACUUUCGUUUGGAAUGACACAUUUUGGCACCAAAUGCUGAGGAAGACCCCUGCUGUAAGUUUUAACAUUGUGCAGUGUUUGUGCAACAGUUUUGGGGGUUUAAGUAUAAGAAACGGCAGUCACUCGGACCAGGGAAGGACUGGACACACGAGGUCACUGAGCAAAGGCAGUACUGUGACUCCACGUGGCAGGAGAGGGAGGCUGGGGGGACAGUUGCUCCUCAGCUGCUCAGUCUGGUUACCAAAGCCACAAGCCAGGUGAGGUGACAGCAGGGACUUUGGGCCAGGCGGAAAAGGUCCCCCAGGAGCCAGAUGCGCUGCAGUGCCCUUGGCCUGGCCGCACUUGCUGAUAAGUCCGCUUGCACCCUCCUGGUGCCGGCCUGUUGCCAAGGGGGAGCCCUGGCAGCCUCCUGUGUGUGUCCUCUGCGUCGUGCCGAAUAACAUCUCAAAUGUGACCCUGCACAUUUCGGUGUUAACAAUAAAACACAAGAUUUUCCAACACAUUCCUAAA